AGAACGCGCAAAUUUCAGAGGUGGACGCGGAGGCCGUGGCGAUCGCGGAGGACGUGGAGGCGGAGAUCGCGGUGGACGAGGCGGUGGCAAUGCUCCGGCAGGCGAUCGCAAGAAGGAAAAUAUUCUUGAUCUCUCCAAGUAUAUGGACAAGGACAUCAAUGUGAAGUUCAACGGCGGCAGAGAAGUAACGGGGACUUUGAAGGGAUAUGAUCAGCUCAUGAAUCUGGUUCUGGACAAUGUCAAGGAAAUGACAAGAGAUGAGGAGGGCAACACAAGUUCUCGCUCUCUUGGUCUCCUGGUGGUCCGCGGCACAUUACUGGUAUUGAUCUCGCCACUGGAUGGAAGCGAGGAGAUUGCGAAUCCAUUCGUGGUCCAGGAUGACGACGACGAAUAAAGAACGGUAUUCUGGAAACUCAAUCGCAACGGACGGUUGAAGUCUUGGGCCAAAUCAUGUCCAGCCUGGUCGAGACGAAGGCGGCAGGCACGAGCAGGGUCGAACAGGAGACCGCACGGACGUCACGGGUACCACGCCAUUGAUUCGAAUCAAGGUCGUUGGCAACGAAGUCAAGGCAUGAGCUGGCGAUGCUUGCUCCUAUCUGGUCCAACAAAAUGACGCCAGUACGCAAGAAUCCUGGCAGGUUUAUACCGUAUGAUAGAUUCUUGAGCUCACAAAAAAGAUUUCUUGAGCCUGCUCCGGAAUUAUU